UUUUAAAAACAAAAAGAAAUGGUGAGGAUCCCAACUCGAACUUCCUUGAUACCCUAGAACAAUAAUUACAAAGGAAAAAAAAACUACUAAAACUAGUGACAUUUUCUCUCUCUCCAACUUCUUUUCUGUGGCUGUGGACACAAGAAAAGCAAACCCAAGAGCCGAACAAAAACAGCAGACGCAAGAAAUCCAACAAUGGCUCUGAAUCUCAUUCCUGUUUCCACUCCAUUUCAAUGUAGUAGAUUACCUUCUUUCUCUUCCCGUCAAAUGCCUGCUCUCAGAUCUCCCAAGUUCUUCAUGGCCUCUACUCUCAGUAGCUCUUCUCCUAAAGAAGUGGAAAGCACGAAGAAGCCUUUUACCCCUCCACGUGAGGUGCAUGUGCAAGUAACUCAUUCCAUGCCACCAGAAAAGAUAGAGAUAUUCAAAUCCCUGGAAAGUUGGGCGGAACAGGACCUCCUGGUCCAUUUGAAGCCUGUUGAGAAAUGUUGGCAGCCUCAAGAUUUUCUUCCUGACCCAGCUUCAGAGAGUUUUUAUGAUGAGGUCAAGGAGCUCCGAGAGAGGGCAAAGGAGAUUCCAGAUGAUCUCUAUGUGGUUUUGGUUGGGGAUAUGAUCACAGAAGAAGCUCUUCCAACUUACCAGACUAUGAUUAAUACUUUGGAUGGAGUCAAGGAUGAAACGGGUGCAAGUCCUACUCCAUGGGCUAUUUGGACAAGAGCAUGGACUGCCGAAGAAAAUAGGCAUGGUGAUCUUCUCAAUAAAUACCUUUAUCUUUCUGGUCGUGUGGACAUGAAGCCAAUCGAAAAAACGAUCCAAUAUCUGAUUGGGUCUGGAAUGGAUCCUAGGACUGAAAACAAUCCUUAUCUUGGUUUCGUAUACACAUCAUUUCAAGAAAGGGCAACCUUCGUUUCCCAUGGCAACAGUGCAAGGCUUGCCAAAGAGUGUGGCGAUGUCAAAAUGGCACAGAUAUGUGGCAUUAUUGCAUCAGAUGAGAAACGCCAUGAAACUGCUUACACAAAGAUAGUGGAAAAACUCUUCGAAAUCGACCCUGACGGAACAGUUCUUGCUUUUGCUGACAUGAUGAAGAAGAAGAUCUCUAUGCCAGCUCACCUCAUGUAUGAUGGCCGUGAUGACAACUUGUUUGAUCAUUUUUCAGCUGUUGCUCAGCGGCUUGGAGUCUACACCGCCAGGGACUAUGCUGAUAUAUUGGAGUUUUUGGUGGGCCGUUGGGAAGUUGAGAAGCUUACUGGGCUCUCAUCAGAGGGGCAAAAAGCUCAGGAUUAUGUAUGUAGUUUACCCCCGAGAAUCAGAAGGCUGGAAGAGAGGGCUCGGGAGAGAGCUAAGCAAUCACCUUCUAUGCCUUUCAGUUGGAUCUUUGAUAGACAAGUCAAGCUUUGAGUUCUUAACGCCCGAAAUCUAUCUAUUGAAUUUGCAUGCUCUGCUUGUGGCAGAGGCGUGGUCAUUAGAGGUACGUUGUCUUUCAUGCUGAUGAUCCAGUAGACGUGCCCGUGACAUAAACUGGUUUUUUAGAGGGAAUCUAGUUGGUUGUAGAUACGUUUGUUUCUUUUCUUUUUUUUUAAUCUUGAACUUUUGGUAUGAUUGGGGGUAGCAGACAUCUAUUUUGAACUUUAAAUGGAUUUAUAGGUCCUAUUGUAUGUGUCCUCUGGUCUUUUGUUACUAAAUAAACUCUAAUAUGGCAAUUUUGAUAUGUGAUGCUUUUAGCGUAUUACUUUGUU